UCCCAGACAAGCAAGACUGCAGCCUGAGCUAGCAUGUGGCAGCGCAUUCUGUGAGUUACUAACCAUCCCGUAAGCGGUGUCCGUGGCGUGCCGAGCGGCCGACAUGCGCCACGAUCCGGCGGCGCCGCCCCCCGUCGUCCUCGAGUGCGAGGACCUCGCCUUCGACUACGACACUCACAAGGACGCGUUCGGCCUGCGCGACGUGUCGCUCCGGCUCCGCGCGGGCCGGGCGCUGGGCGUCAUCGGGCUGAACGGCGCCGGCAAGUCCACGCUGUGCAAGGUGCUGAGCGCCGCCGAGCUGCCUGGCGCGGCCGGGGGCGACUGGCGGCCCCUGCGCGGCCGCGUGGCGUGGCGGCCGCGGGGCGGCGGCGCGGCCGUCGACCCACACGCGCGCUGGCGGGCGUCGGGCCACUGGCUGGCCGCGGCGGCGGCGGCGGCGGCGGCGGCGGCGGCGGCGGACGGCCGGUGGGCGGCGGCGGCGGCCGCGCUGGCGCUCGCGGGCUGGUGGGCGGCGCGGCGGCGGCGGCGGCGGUACCGCGCCGCCGUCGUCUACUGCUCGUCGGAGCACGACCUCGCGGCCCACGUGCUCGAGGACGCGUGGCCGCUCGCGCGCGCGGUCUGCGGCCACCUGGCGGGGCUCGACGCGGCGGCGCGGGCCGCGCUCGCGGAGCGGCUGCUGGACUGGGCGGGCUUCCGGCGGUACGGCGACGACGGCGCGGUCGCGGCGGACGCGGCGGCGUGCGUCGCGGACGCGGCGCUCACGUGCGGCGCGCUGAGCGGCGGACAGCGCCAGCUCGUGUACCUGCUGCGGUGCCUCGCGCCGUGCUUCGCGCCCGGCGCGCGCGGGGCGCCGGACGUGCUCGUGCUGGACGAGGCCUUCACCGGGCUCGACGCGCGCGUGAAGCCGCGCGCGCUCCGCCUGGUGCGGGAGGCGCGGGCCGGCGCGCGCGUGGCGCUCCUCGUCGUCUCCCAGAACCUGCACGAGCUCGCGGCGCUGUGCGACGAGUGCGCAUGCGUGGCGGCGGGCCGGCUCGUCGACCGCGGGCCGGCGCCCGACUUCCUCCGCCCGGCGCGGCCGGGCGCCCACGCCGCCGCGGCGUUCUACCUCGACGCGUACUGGGCGCUCGAGCGGGACAUGCGGGCCGCGGCGGGGCCGGCGCUCCCCCCGGAGGCGCUCGCGCGCGCCGCCGGCGCCGAGCUGCGCCGGCAGAUCGCCGGCCUGCCGGCCCUCCGGCGGUGGGGCCCGCCCUGGGACCCCCGCGCGCCCGCGCGCGGCGCCGCCGUCGAGGUCGGGGGCCUCGAGGCGCAGCGGCGCUUCAACGGGCGGCGCGGGCGCGUCCUCGGCGCGGGCGCGGGCCGCUACCGCGUGCGCCUCGCGGACGGCCAGGUGCUGGGCGUGCGGCGGUGCCACCUGAACCCGCUCCGGCCGUGA